AUAUAUUCUCUGAUAAAGUCACAGAAAUUGCUUGUGGGGAGCAACACACUUUAUUUCUCACCGUAGAUGGCAGGAUUCUAUCAUGUGGGCGCAACUCAAAGGGACAACUUGGCAGACAGAGGAACAUAAAUUCAAAACUACCAGCCCCAGUGGAGGGUCUGGGGGCAGUGGUUUCUGUGGCUUGUGGUCAGGACCACUCUGUAGCUGUGUGCGCAUCAGGACAGGUCUACUCCUGGGGGCAGGGGGUGAGGGACAGCUGGGCAUCGCCCUUACUACUGUCUCCAAAGUCCCCAGGCCAAGACCAGUUCCAAUACCUUCGCCCUUGCCGAUAACAGUGAUACAGGUUGCUUGUGGAAAUUCCCAUUCUUUGGCCCUGACUAAAGGAGGACAGGUGUUCUCAUGGGGUCUGAACAGCCAUGGACAGCUGGGUCUGGGGAAGGGAGUCCCUCUGCAGCCCAUACCUGCCCUGGUGCGCCCCCUCACAGGGGUCCCAGUGACCCAGGUAGCAGCCGGAGGAACCCACACUCUGGCCCUCACCCUCCCAGGCCUGGUCUACUGCUGUGGGGCGAACAGGGCUGGGCAGCUGGGACUCAACCGUGUGGAUGAGAAAGGCCGGUUCAACAUCUGUUCUGUGCCUGCUCUCAGAGUCUUGGGGGUUUCCUUCAUCAGCUGUGGAGAGGCACAUUCUGCUGUUCUCACCAAGGGUGGACAGGUGUUCACCUUUGGAGAGGGAAGCCGAGGCCAGCUUGGGCACAACGCAUCAGCUAACGAACUCCUACCCAAACUGGUAGAGGGUAUGGAUGGACUGGCCUCACAGAUAGCAUGUGGCAGCCAUCAUACCCUAGUGCUGGGGUCCUCAGGUCAACUCUGGGCCUUUGGCAGUGGGGUCAAAGGUCAGCUAGGGACAGGCAACACAGCCGGCAGCUUGCGACCCACCUCAGUGCUGCUGAAAAGGGCUUCUGGUGGGGCAGCAACAGUCAUACACAACGACAUGAAGAUAUCAGUGGGAUGGAAUUCAAACUUCAUUUACACUGCUGAGAGUUCUGAAAGAGAACAGCCAAUCGGGAGGUUAGAUAAAGCCAAGCUGCAAAAAUGGCUGUCGAUGGAGCAAGGAAAUGCAGAGGCGCAAAGAGAAAUAUCCUUGAUGUUCUCAACAUGUUCAAGUCUGGUGGCCAGUUUCACCAAAGCCAGUGAGAUUCCACAAGCAGCCGGCGCUUUGACAGUGGACCUAGAAGCUGCUAGCCAGGUUUUCGACCAGCUACUGAACAUACCUUGGAUUAGGAAAUCAAUAAAUAUUGAGCCACUGGUGGACAAUAUUUGCAGUUCAGCAGCUGUCAUCAAGUCACCAGAGAUCUUUAUGCUACUACCCACAAUUUCUCUUCUCCAUGAGGACCUCAGCGUCAUGAAGAUGGUCUUGGCUUUAUCUAUAGUUAUCGUUGAACAUCUGAAUGACACGGCCAUAAAAACAUUAAAAGAGUGGUGGUCCUCAAUGGAG